UUUAUGUUUUGUGGUUAUGUUGUUUGUAUGCUUUAAAACAUUCUUUUUGUAGAAAGGAUAAAUGAGCCAUUGAUUUUAAAAGACUAUUUAAUUAAUAUUUUGCAUUUGUUACUUAACAAUUAACACCUAUAAUGGAAGUCGAUGAUCCAAACGAUCUUUAUUUCAAAAGCUAUGAGGACUUGGAGAUUCAUAAAUUGAUGUUAAAAGAUGAACCAAGAAAUACCGCUUAUCGCGAGGCAAUAUUUAACAACAAAGCGGACAUAGAGGGAAAAGUGGUUUUAGAUGUUGGUGCCGGAACAGGGAUUUUGUCAAUUUUUUGUGCCCAAGCUGGUGCCAAGAAGGUAUAUGCAGUUGAAGCCAGUUCUACCUAUAGACUGGCUCUGGACAUCGUUAGAGAAAAUAUGGUUGAAAAUAUCGUACAGGUUAUUCAUAGUAGAAUCGAAGAUGUAACCACUUCACAAAUACCAGAAAAGGUUGACGUUAUAGUAUCAGAAUGGAUGGGAUUCUAUUUACUCCAUGAAGGAAUGUUAGAUACUGUUAUAAUAGCUCGAGACAGAUUUUUAAAACCUGAUGGCCUAAUGUUUCCUGAGUCUGCUGGUAUUUAUGCUACCCCUUGCAGCGUUCCAUCAGUAUACAAAUAUUGGGAGAAUGUGAAUGGGGUGCAUAUGGAAUCGUUUUCAAGGCUACUAAGGGAACAAGCAUACAAAAAACCCCUUACCGAAAAAGUUCAUCCUGAUUGUUUGCUAUCUCAGGGAGAGGUAGUGUCCUGGCUCGACCUCAAAGAAGUCACCAAAGAAGAUUUAAACGAAAUCAAAUUUAGUCACGUUGCCGUUGCAACUAAAGAAAGUACUUAUGAAGGGAUAUGCAUAUGGUUUACGUGUACUUUUCCGUUUCAAAAAGGGCCAAGCAGUGUGGAGCCGGUGAUACUUUCCACCGAACCCGACGAGCCCGAGACCCAUUGGAAACAAACUUUGAUUUGUUUGCCAAAUUCCUUAAAAGUUGAAGUAGGCAGUCCGAUUUGUUAUGAUUUGGUGCUGAAAAGAUCUGAGGAGAACUCUAGAAGGUAUACACUGGAAUUAUCAAUGUUAGAUCCCGAUGAAGUCGAGCAUCCGGAGUUUUGUUCCUGUUAUAUGACCAAAUGUAUAUUAGCAAACGCCAUGUUGGAAAAGUAUGAAAGAGGUCAAGGGGACGGCGCGGAAUAAAAUUGUUUUAUAGAAA